AUAUCCAGGUAGACCUUCACGACGCCAACAAUAGAGAAAGAUUGCUGGACAGGUAGAUAUUAUGAGUAUUUCGGCCUUUCAACUUCCUGCGAUGGGUCCAAUAGCGGCUCCGCCCGGAUUAUGGGGCGCCGGCAUCGCGGCUUUUCAAGGAUUGGUUAUCUCCUCGAGUUUUUCCACCGAAAUAAAAAGCCCCACCCUGUACUCGAAGUUCGCCGCAGGCAAAAAGCUAGACAAUCCUAUUUCGAGCCAGAACGGCAUGUUUCGCAUUUACGUACCUUCGGCAAUUGUAGCAACUCUAGGCGCACUGGCUACAUACGGAACGAAAAAUUUCCGGUUUGCUCUGCCGCUACUGGCAUUGCAUUUCUGGAAACGUAGUGCGGAAGUUGCUUUCGUUCACAACUACUCGGGCACCAUGCCGGCGGCGAGCGCCAAUACCAUCUCGACCUAUUACACACUCACGACCAUUCUCGUCGGCGCCACGGCUUUGCCCUUGAAGGAUGUAUUGGACGGGUUCAAAACGGCCGCGGUCACGCUUUUUUCUGUUGGUACGCUUGGAAACGCUUAUCAUCAUCUGUUGCUCGCAAAGCUGCGCAGUUCGAAAGAUCCAAAUAACGACAACAGGCAGUACAUUCCACCAAAGGGUGGCCUUUUUUCACUCGUGGCAGCUCCUCACUACAUGUUCGAACUGGUGGCUUGGCUUGGAAUUGCCUGCGCCGCACAGCAGGCCAACGCUUUCUUAACCUUUGCGUCCAUGUGCUCCUAUCUCGCCGGAAGGGCUUACAAGACGAACGAAAUCUAUUGCAAUCAGUUUAAUGAGGAUGAAUGGCCGCGUAGUCGCAAAAAUAUGCUUCCUUGGCUGUUCUAGUCUCAAUACUUCACAACUGGAUAAGCUCUAUAUGCAUUAAC